AUGUAAUCGAAUCCUCCCCCCCUUCCCUAAAUCCCCCCUCCUAACCGAGCUUGGUUGUGUUAACCUUGCGUCGCUAAAUAACGUGGCACAGCGUCUACGAAUAUGAAGAAACUCGUGUGUGUUGGAGCUUGCUAUCUUGAUACUAUCCUGGACGUGCCUUACUACCCGGGCGAGGACUCUAAAUUACGUGCCACCAAUUUGCAAGUGCGUCGUGGCGGCAAUUGUCCCAACACCCUCCAGGUGCUUCAGCAGCUUCUGAGAGAACGUCCUGCUAGUGAGCAUAGCCGUGAUGUCAAACCCUACCUGAUAUCAUGUCUGCCUAGCGCCAAUGCACCUGCGACGGCAACCAUAGUGGACUCGUUUGGACCGGGAAGCCUCGUCGACCUCACGCGAUGCAUCUUCCGCGCGAAUCACAGGGAUCCCGCGAGCAGCUAUAUCAUACGUAGCGAGGCAACCGGGAGUCGCACCCUCGUCAACUACAACGACCUACCUGAGAUGACGAUCGACGAGUUCGUCACUGCUGCCGACGAGGUCGGCGACGAGGCUUGGUUCCACUUUGAGGGACGGAUUCCUGAGACGACGUUGCAAUGCAUCCGGUACUUAAGACGGUCGUUCCCCAAUACAAGAGUAAGCGUCGAGGUCGAAAAACCGGGCCGAGGGGGGUUAGAGGACCUGGCGGCUGAAGCGGACGUCGUGUUCUACUCGCGGACCUGGGCUGAGAGUAAGCGGUACGAGAGCGCUCAGCGAUGUCUGAGUGCCCAAUCGGGCGUGGCCCGGAAAGCGACCCUCCUUCUAUGUACGUGGGGAUCGGACGGUGCAUCGUGUCUAUCACUUCCCAGCGAGAAGGCCGUGUCUUGCCCGGCUACCUUGCCUGGGCAAACCAUUUCCGUAGUGGACACCGUGGGAGCAGGUGACACCUUCAUUGCCGGGAUGCUAUUCGGGCUGCUGUGCCACCACGAAGACUGGAACACCGAGAGAAAAGUCCAGUUUGCUGUGCAGCUUGCUACGUGCAAGGUGCAACGGGACGGAUUCGACGGCGUUGGGGCCGAGGUGUUGAAGCAUUUUGGAGUGGCGUCGUCUCAAUGAAACUUGGACGAUCGGUUAUGAGAUGAGAUGUGACUAGCGAGCCGUGGUCGUGGUCAUGGUCGUGUGACAGGUGUCUUUUUUUCUCCGUUCCUCUUUAUUUUUAUUGUGUUUUAUUUUAUUUCUUCCCUUCCCUUCUAACCGGCAAUACUAACCAAGACACCAUUCUAAGUAAGCUAGGCAAAUUUAUUAAAAUAAAAAAUACCCUCGGGGCGCCUAUCCUGGGUUGGUUUGCCGAAC